AUGCAAUUUGAUGAUUUCUACGAAACGGUUGGAGGAUUUGGUCGAUAUCAAGAAGUCAAAUAUUUUUUAAUCUGCUUGACUUAUAUGCUUCCUCCAAUUAUGGUUUAUACAUGGACAUUCACAGCCGCUACACCAUCUUUUCGUUGUCGAAUAGCAGUAGAAGAUAUGUAUGAAAUUGAAAUUCCUGAUGAUCUUUUACAUCGUUAUAUUCCAAGUGAAUCUCAAUGUCGUGAAUAUAAAAGCCAAAUAUCUUUACGUGAAUGUCAAAGAUGUUAUCAAAAUACAAACAAAAGUUAUUCCUAUGAUGAAAAUAAUGGACCAUUGAAAGCAUGUAAUAGUUUUACAUUUGAUCGAACCUAUUAUCAAUCAACAUUAGUUGAAGAAUGGUCAAUGGUUUGCAAUGAAGUAUCACUUAAAAGUUUUGUUCAAACAAUAUUUUUUUUCGGUUAUAUGAUUGGUUCACUUAUAUUCGGUGUUUUAUCUGACAAAUUUGGUCGACGACCCAUUAUGGGUAUUUCUUUUAUUAUAAUCUCUUUGGCUAGUCUUAUAUGUGCAUUUGCACCACAACAAAAACUUGGCUUUGAAAUAAGUUAUGGACUUUUUCUAGUUGGCCGAUUUUUAGUUGCAUGUGCAACCCGAGGUGUAGCUCUUACUGGCUUUGUUAUCGGUAUAGAAAUAGUUGGACGAAAACAACGUUUAUUUACUGGCAUUGUAAUUGAAUAUUUCUUUGCAAUAGGUCAAUUAAUUCUUUUAGUAUUUGCUUAUAUGAUUCGAACAUGGCGUUUAUUGCAUACAGCUUUAGCUAUAUUAUCAAUACCAUUUCUUUUUUUCUAUUUUAUAUUACCAGAAAGUCCACGUUGGCUGAUUUCGAAAGGUUAUUAUGAUGAAGCAGAAAAAAUUCUUCGUCGAAUAGCUAAAACCAAUAAAAAUAGUUUUGAUUCAAUAGCAUAUCAACAUUUAGUAACAGAAGAGAAAAAAAAAGAAGCUCUUGUUUCAGUAAAAGGUCAUGGAUUAAUUCACUUACUCAAGUCAAAAAUCAUGUGCAUUAUUGCAAUUAAUAUGUCAUUCCAAUGGUUUGUACAAAAUCUUGUUUUCUAUGGUGUUUCACAAAAUACGAGUGCUUGGUUACGUAAUCCAUACAUAUCAUUUGCAGCAGGUGCUCUUGUAGAAAUUGUUGCUUAUUUUAUUGUCCAUCGUGUUCUUCAUCGAUGGGGUCGAAAAGCAACUUAUUGUUUAUUUGUAAUGGGAUUUGCAAUAUUUGCAUUUCUUGUUGUACCAAUACAAAUAUUAAUGAUUAGAGGCAGUCAUGGUCAACGGAGUCUUAUGUUCAUAGUUAAUGUUAUUCUUAAAUUUUUUGCUUCCGGUUCUUAUGCUAUCAUAUACAUCUAUGCUAAUGAAUUAUUUCCCACACACGCUCGAAAUACAGGCAUUGGUAUUUGUUCAAUGGUUGCUCGAAUAGGAGCUAUUAUUGGAACAUUAUCGAAUGAUCUUUUGACUCGAGUAUGGCUAUAUUUUCCAAUUAUCGUCUUUGGCUUUACGUCCAUAACUGCAGUGGCAUUUGUUGCAAUUUGUCCAGAAACAUUCAAUAAAUCACUACCACAAACAAUUGAGGAUGUCGAACAAAUGGGUCUUGUUUGGUAA